GGGCCAAAGAUCUUAGAGGCAGAACCUCCUUGUGGGACCCUCAGAGAUGGGGUCCUGGCUGCUGUGGGGCUUGGCUGCCGCCUUCGCCGUUGCUGCUUUCACUGAUUUGGGACAAGGGGCAGAAUCCGGAGAUGCUACUGGGGAGGCCGAGGGUGAGCCCAGCAAGGGGGGCUUGGGAAUUCUUCGGCUUCCCCGGACGACCCGGUACCAGAGACACAAACCAAUGAUUUACCGCACCGGCAGCCUUUCCGUCCUGAGCAGAGGCCUGAUGAAGAACCUGAGCGCGCUGCAAGACGAAAGUGAAGAAGACAUCCCCCAUCAUGAGAGGGAGGACAGAUCCAUCGGAGAUCAUUGCCAGGGAUGCUGUGGGACGCCUUUCCCCAAUCACACAGGAAGCCGGGAGCAGCCCUCUAAAGGCGACUCAGGGCACCUGGGCCACACCACUACAGCAGAGCCGCCACGGAUAAAUGUGACGAAGAGACCUCACUAUCCUGGCAUUUACACACCCAUAAGAAAGUUGGAGCUGCCUUACAGACCUGUUGGAGAAGGGCAGCAGCCCUCUAAAGGCGACUCAGGGCAGCUGGGCCACACCACUGCAGCAGAACUGCCACGGAUAAAUGCGACGAAGAGACCUCACUAUCCCGGCAUUUACACACCCAUGAGAAAGUUGGAGCCGCCGUACAGACCUGUUGGAGAAGGGCAGGCUGGAUCCAAUUCUGGAACAAAGGGGAUGGGCCACCAGGACGCCCACGCCAGCCAGGACCGCUGCCGAGGCUGCUGUGGGGCGAAUACCGGAGCUGGUGCCGAACUGCCAGGAAGGCGGGAGGAAGGAAAUGCGUCCCAAGGCUUUGGGGGCAGUCUGAGCAAGGGGGUCUGGAGGCCUGUCUCGGACAGCAGCAAGGUCCCUGGCAAACAGCCUUCCCAGAGCGGAGGCAACGGCAGGUUCCCUUUCUCCAGAGGGGCUGUUGACCCGUCGCAACAUCGUAGAGGCCAAUGAGCCGCAAAAGGCCAAAGGAAUGGCUGCCACCGAGGGCAAGAAGAUGUAGGAAACGACAUUGCCAAGCAAAACUGAAGAAGGUCCAUGGCUGGAAACUAAGAGGAAGCCCUGAAGGAUCUGAGCAAUAUUAUAUUCGUGGACGAUUUACUCCUAUUAUCUCUGGGUUCUUUUCCGCAGAGGAAGAAAGAAAAGGGUUGAAAUAGCAGCAGAGGAUUGAACAGGACUUAUGCAAGUGGUGCUGUUGUGUGUUGUGGGGAGGGGAGGGGAGGGGAGCCUCCUCCUCCUCCUCCUCCUCUGGACUGGGGCCAGAUCUACACUAGGCAGGAUACAGUGCUUUGAAAACGGUAUAUGGAGCGUGUCCUGGGCCCAUAUAGUUGUCAAUACCAAUUUAGACCAUUAUAAAGCAGUUGUGUAGAUCCUGCCCAGUUCCCAUGCAUGGCAGUGAGGUUUGCACAGGAGGAGAGGACACCGUGUAGCUGGCCCAGGCAAACUUAAAAUGCCACCACUGGGGAGUCAAUUUCAGGGUCUUUUACAUCUACCAUGCAAAUCUCCGCAUUGCCAGUGGGUUAGCAGUAAAUUUCCAAGUCUGGGUGCUUAUCAUGACAGUGGCCAUAGCCAUGCGCCCAAGGAGAGUGCAAAUGUCCAGGCAGAUGUAUUGGCCCAUAUCUAUUAAAAAAACAAUGCUCAGUUCUAGCAGAUUGCAUCUCCAUCAGGAGCAGGGCGUUUGCAAAGCGAAUGGCUCUUAGUUGCCCAUUCAGGCCACACCAGUCCAAAAUACUUCGCAUGCAUGGCAAGAGCGAUAGCGCUGUUGCUAGGAAAAAUCAUUUUUGCCACAGCCGCUAUGAGGCUUGCAGCUAAGCUCAGAGGGAGCAGGGAAUGGCUGGUGUGACCAUCGUCGCUGCUACCCAAAGCUCCCAAUGCUUCAUCCCUGUGAGCCCGGAUUCCACUACGCCACUGCCCGUUGCAUAAGAACAUCAGAGACUCCAAUCCAACGUUGCAUCAUCAAAAACACCUGUAAAUAAAAGUCAGGCCAAGGGUAAAAAUCAGAGCAACAGCAAGCACCUCUUUUCUUUCAAACCUUUGUUAGCAUUUGCAAAUUGCUAUCUGGGAGCCUCCUGGGAUGGUGUACAAUUUGUAAAAACAAUACUGUUGCCGCAAAAUAAAUUUUUAAAAACGA